AGCACUAGCAUUUCCUGGCCGUUAGCGGCAAGGGUGCUUUGUGGACGCAAACAUGGCCCAAGUGUCACCGGCAGAUCUCAAGUCGUUGCCCAACUUGCCUGGAUAUACUUUUCCAGAGUACAAAGAUAACUAUCCAAGACAAAACUCUUGGAACCUGGUCAACGGCGUGAGAAUCGAGCAGAAAGAUGGGGUUUCCCAUGACAAGCCCAAAUUUGUGAAGGUGAGCAAAGUGCAGGAUGUUUGGCGAUCUGGUUCCCUGCCAGACAGCCAAACGCGCGCAGUGUUCAAGAAUGCUGGUGCUGACAUCCAGUUUCAAGAGCUUCCUGCAUGGGAUGCCUUUGACCGACAUGUCCUGCGCUUCACGGGCUAUUUCAAGGAGUCUGUGGUCGAGACAAACCUGGAGAAUUUCCGUGUGCGGAAGGUGGUCAUCUACUACUAUUUGGAGGAUGAUACUUGUCAGAUUCAAGAGCCCAAAAUCGAGAACAGCGGCAUGCCACAAGGUCAGCUGAUCCGACGCCAUCGCUUCCCGUCGGUGGAAGGGGGCUACUUGAAGGCUGAGGACCUUCGGGUGGGUACCGUCUUGCAGAUCUAUGGGCGAAACAUUUACAUCACUGAUUGUGAUCCUUUCACUCGGGAGUACUUCGAGCAGGCAGGAAUGCCUCAAGGGCCAGCGGAGGCUGAAGAGACAGAUCCCUUCCAGGCGACCCGAGAAGCGAUGAAGAGCCAUGCAUCGACUCAGCCCAGAACCUAUGAGAAGGUCUAUAGAGAGGUGAUGCUGGGUGGUGGACACAUCAAUGCAGACAUGCAGCAGUUCUUGGAGAACGACAAAAAGAUUCUUCGCUUCUACGCGGUGAUGGAUGAUGUCACGACCCCCCAGUUCGAACGCAGGCCCUUUACCAUCAUGUUCUUCCUGGCCGACGAUACCUUGGAAAUUUCGGAACAAUAUCCCUUGAAUUGCGGCAGGGAGAAGUUCCCCAUCUUCUUCCGGCGAGGGAAGCUGCCCUUGGGGCCCUACAAGGUGCAAGGACCUCAAGCACAAGCGCGCAAAAAGAGUGAGUUUGUGCAUGGUCAUGAUCUGCGGGUGAACACAACCGUGCAGCUGCUUGGGAACUACAACUUCUUCAUCUAUGAUGCGGAUGAGUUCACCAGGAAGUACUUCAGGCAGAAGUUGGGCAUGGAGCUUGAACCCAUGGUUGAUGUUCGCUUGCCAGAGCGAACCGUACCCAGGGCCAAGACUCCGCCCUACACGGGCUAUGGCACCUGGGAAGAUUCCAUGGGCUCGGUGACGCAUCUGGUGCCCAAGCUGCCGAAGAAGGACUUGGUGAAACUCUUCCAGCACGAGGGCAAAGUCUUGCGCUUCAAGGCGAAGUUUGCCAAGCCGAAGCCGGAAGACGCAGAUCGCAUGUUUGUCAUGUCCUUCUACCUGCAGGAUGACACCCUUGCCAUUCAUGAGCCGCCACAGAGGAAUAUGGGGAUUGUGACGGGCCGAUUCUUGGAGAAAGGCAUCCACCUGAACCAGGUCACAGGGCGCUUCUUUGAGCCCAACGAUCUGCUGCCAGGCAAUGUGGUGCAGGUGUACAACCACGAGCUUCUGAUUCUGGACAUGGACGAAUAUUCCAGAAAGGUCUUCGAAAAUCCAGAUACCUUACUGCGUAGCUUCGACCUCGAAGCGGUUCUGCAGAAGCUACGCGACUCCAUGCGACAGCAGUAUCCCCUGGUGCGAGAUAUCUUCAGGCGAUUUGACGGGGAUCAUGAUGGCGUUCUGACGGUGGCGGAAUUCCAGGGAGCCCUGGAAAAGUUUGGCUUCCAACUCGCACCAGAGGAUGUGCUGAAGAUCAUGCGGCACUUUGACUCUCGAAAGGAUGGGCAGGUGAGCUACAAUGAGUUCUGUGAUGCUCUGUUGGAUCCAGACUGGACCACCUGCAUGCUGCAGACUCGAGGUCCUCUGGAUGACACGCAUGACGAUGCUUAUGCAACGCGUGUGUCCGAAAAGACCGCAGAACGCACGGAGACGAAUCAGGUGCGAAAAGCAGUUCGAGACCUGGGAGAUGUUUUGUACAAGAAGCAUGGCAUGAUCAUCCGAAUCCUCAAGGAGAUGCAGCAUAUCACUCACGAGGACUACGUGUCGUCGGAACAGAUGAUGAAAGCUCUGGAAGCCGUGGGUCAUCCUUUUCGUUUGGAAGAUGUGCAGCGAGUGAUCCUCUAUCUCCAACCAGAUGCGGACCUCGAAUCGGUGGAUUACCGAAAGCUUUUCCAAGAUGCUGUCACCAGCUUCCAUGAUGUCAGUGCAUCUCGAUGAGGCCGCAAAAAGCGUUUCGCGGCGCUCAGUUUCAUGUGCUCCACGUGCUCCACGUGCUCCGUGUCCGCUCUGUGGGACCACAGGGUGGGUUUCACCCACCAGAUUUGUGGCAAUUUGUUU